AAUGAUGAAAUAAAUGACAAAGAGGCUGCAAACACUUGUAUGAUGGCAAUUGAAGAAAAAGGUGAAAGCUCACACAUCGAAGAUAGUGAAAAUGAGGUCUGCCUAAGGAGUAUGCUGGAAACAGAACAUUGGUACAUUGAUAGUGGCUGCUCUAGGCACAUGACAGGAAAUAAAGGCAAGUUUUCCUCUCUUACGUUAAGAGAAGAAGGUUAUGUCAAAUUUGGUGAUAAAAGCAAAGCUAAAAUUAUUGGAUGUGGAACUAUUGGUAAAAAUCCUUGCAUUGAGAAUGUUGCAUUAGUACAAGGAUUAAAGUAUAAUCUUUUAAGUGUUAGUCAACUAUGUGAUAAUGGUUUUAAAGUCGUUUUUACUUCUUCACAUUUUUUAAAAUUCAAAACCCCUCUCAUUUCCGUCGCCUCGUCUCCCAAGACCCGAACGAACGCAUUUCCACUUGCAAACCCAUUACGGUCGCAACCUUCCAAGCCAUCGUCUCUCUUCAUCAUUCUUAAAAUUUCCGAAACCCAUUGGCAGUGA